AUGGCAGACACAGAGCCAAAAAAAGAAGUAGUUGCUCCUACGAAUCCCAGAGGCAUUCCUUAUGCGCCCUUCGUCGACAAAGUCGAGGACUAUGUCACAUCACGCGCAGAUGUCGAGAAGACUUUGAAGAAGUUCCAGGAGAUGAUCUCGAAAUAUCAGUUCAUGGAGUCGAAUCAACAACGACGAGCUGCAGGCCUGAAGGACAAGAUGCCAGAUAUUCAGAAGACACUUGAUAUGGUGCAAUUUCUGAAGACAAGAAAGUCCGGUUCAGAACCGAUAGAGGCUACAUUCGAGCUCAAUGACACAUUGUACGCCAAAGCACAGGUUCCGCCUACAGAGGAGGUCUACUUAUGGCUGGGAGCAAACGUUAUGUUAUCAUACCCAAUCGAUGAGGCGGAGGAGCUACUCACGGGAAAGCUUGCAGGCGCAAAGCAGAACUUAGCAAAUUGCGAGGAGGAUCAAGAAUUCCUGAGAGAGCAGAUUACGACCAUGGAAGUUGCUACUGCUCGGGUCUAUAACUGGGAUGUCACAAUGAAGCGGAAGGAGAAGAGCGAGCAAGAGACAAUAGAGGAUGGAGAUAAAGGCACACCAAAUGGUUGA